UUUGAAUGCAUUAUAGUUUAAGCGAUGAAUUCUUUAAUACCGGUUUAACCAGCUGAUUUCCUUAAUGCGAUUUUUGCGAUUGACCUUUAUGCGUUGUUACUCAUCAUGCAUUUGGUUAUGAUCCUUUUUGCCCUUCUGUUUUGCGGCAUUGCUAUACGAGAGUGUGCCGCGGCGAACACCGUUCGUUGCCGAAGCCACGAUGAAGGUUGCGCGGAUUUUUGGGACGUUUAUUUCUGUUGUGCUGGAAUGAUUUGCAAUUUAACGGACGCUACGUGGGGUGCUUGCAAGUACCCAAGCGAGAUUGCCAUAACUAAUCAAACCCCUUUACGAGAAACCACACGGAAACCCACUGCGACAGAUUCCAUCAAGGUGGAGCUGCCAGCGUCCCAGCGAUCGACGCAUUCGUCUGAGGGGAAAAAGCCACUACCCACCCAUCCCCCAACGCACAAACGGACGGAUGAGUCGACCGCCCUACAUACAGUUAACGAGGUUUGCCGCUUAUCUGGUAAUGCCAAAACGUGUACGUCUUGGAUAAUGAGAGAGGGGAAGUCAGAUACUGGAGCAUUUGGAGAUGACCUUUGGAGCAUAACAUCGGACUUCAGGCGGGACUUGGACACCUGGAUAAACUGGGUGGCGCCACCAGGUUAUGGUCUUCUGCCAAGGAGGCCCCAGCAUCUUAAAUGGACUUUGGCGCGAAACCAAAAUGGGCCCUCUUAUCUGCCAGUUCGGAUAAGCGACAACAAUGGAAAUGCUGCAGGCUACCGAUUUGUUCUCAGCGUUCAGCGUGCAAUCGAUGAAAUUAAUACAGCGAUGGACGAAUGCUUGUCGCUAAAACUUGUGGACUUCAACGCUACGGAACCUGUUCAAAUCCUAGAGAUUUAUGUGUUCUCUGCAGGCCAACUUUCGUGUUUUAAUGGAGGGUCAUUUAGUGAGAACUUUGGAUACGACCCAAACCAGGACAACAUUAUCCGCGUAAAUUCUGAUGCCUUCUCUAAGAAGGAAGACCGAACCAUUGACAUCAUGUUUAUUCACGAACUUUUGCAUUCCGUUUUUAAUGUACGGCAUGAGCACACGCGUUUGGAUCGCGAUCAGUAUAUCAAGCCCAUAGAAAAGAAUCUUAUGUGCAACCUCGGUGGCAAUAUGCGCAACGGCUACUUCGACCUUGAUAGCGAAGCUAGCAUGGAGUUCCCUUAUGAUCUGCACUCAAUCAUGCACACUGGUUGGGACGACCACUCCAUACAGCGGUUUGUCAACACUGUGGACGUGCAACCUGGUAUUCCCGCGGAGUGGGGCAUCGGACCUCAAUCCCAAGGAUUAUCGUUUUUUGAUGUCCAUAAAAUGCGAAAAUUUUACUCGUGCAAGGAGAAUCCGAACUUCAUCCAUUUCGAACAAGAAAGAAAACAAAUCUAUCUUUUGAACUGGAUGGUCCACUGCAACCUGAGCAGCCAACCAGAUCCUCUGCGGGCAAUAUAUUAAUAGUAGUUAUCCCCAACGGGCAAUAUUAAUGCAGACCGUUUGCAACUCAUUGACCAAUGCCUGGAGAUCUCCGACCGGAAGAACGGUCUAUUAGCCAAUAUAGAUUUUUAUAAACAAACGUGCCAGGUUAUUUUUCAUUUGGACGAAUGCAAAUACCAAGCACACAGACAGGAAAAUGUGGCAGUUAUUAUGAAAACUCACCGAAUAAUGCGCACCUUUCCUUACAAGCUCAUCGGCACGCCAUCCGAUUGGGUUCCCGUGAGUACUGUGUCCAGCGUAAUCUAUGAUUCUGAAUGUCAAAAAUUGUGUCAGAUAAUGCCAACCGUAUGUGUUGCCGCAACCGUACUGGAUACCUUCGACUUCGUAAACGGGCAACGGAUCCAGAAGCGAUCAUGCAAUAUGUAUCAUCGUGUCAACGGCCCUGUUCAGUGGAUGAACAACCCCAAUGCGGUAACCUAUGCUGCGUUGGACUGGGACAUCUGGAUGAAGGAUCGCACUUAUUAUAAUACUUUUAUCUAAAUAAACCACAAUGCUUGAGUUGUGCAACAAAGUAGCAACCGCUUGCAUUUUUAUUCCCAUACUCGUGCUUUGCCUAACAAUAAAUUUAAUUUCCUGCCCGGUUGGAAUCGUCUGCCUCUGAUUGCUACCGAAAGCCCUGCUAGUAGUCGCUGCUGAAUUUUAGCUCUUGCAUUAUUAGUGGAAAUUCUGCCUUUUUAAUUUCGCUUUUACAUUACGCUCUUAUUUGCUGUACCCGGGAGCGCGAAUAUUAAAUAGCUUAGAUAAUUGAUUUUGCGGUUAUGAAAAUGGACAUAAUGAACUGCUUGAACUCAA